AUGCCGGUCAACGCAGCUCCCGAGGAACCGAUUCAUGAUAUGAAUACCACCCGUCCCAUUAUAAAUAACGACACAUUUCGCCAUGAGCUCACAACGUUGGCGAUGAAUUGCCCUUGUUUACUGGAAAAGUUGCUGCGCCUUUCAGCAGCGCUAACAGACCGGCCUUCUGAUCUUGUUCGGAUUCGGGGUGUCGUUUCUUUCAGGUUGAGAACUGACGCUGUAACACCACAAACUGCCAUCCGGCUCAUGGGCAGUUUUGCUCUGGACAGGGCACUCCUUUUCGCAGAGGAUAGUCUGGAUGAAUGGGAAUCUGGUUUUUAUCGAGACCACAUCCCGCCGAUACUCACCGCCACUCACAAUAUGGAUGCUGUCCAAAAACGGAUAUGGUGUAGCAUUCUUGCCUUGAUCGCAAGACUUGAGAUCGCAGCUUCCCUUGCACAUGGAAACUCUUCAAUGACAAGCCCAAGUAUUCUUGAUCAUAUUCAACACUACCAGUGCGGCUCUACGGAUCCAUUUUGCAUAUGCUUUACUGCUUCCAUGAAUUGUCUUAAAUUGUUAUCUGAAGCUAUGGAACUAUGCCUCCCAACACCAUAUACAAGGGCCGAUGGUUCGAGCGACGAAAGUGCCUACUCUUCAAUGAAUACCAUCUUUGCUUCGCGAUGGAACAAAUUACUGCGCAAGCUUCUAGCCUGGGAAAAAGCCCGUCCAGUGGAGCUUAAAGAAGUACAUAUCGUGGGCAGUUCCGAAAACACUUUACCCAAAAUAAUCUACAGCGGCGGAGGAGGCAUCUCUACGAAUAUUCUAUAUCGUACCGCCAUGUUCCUUUUACUCAGCAAAAAGCCAGGGUCGGCUAGCGGCUCUGAAAGGGGUCACAACGCCAUUGAGGAUGAAGAGUACAUGCACCCUCUUUUCCAUCUGCGCUGGGUCUGCGGUAUUGCCUUAAAUUGUGAGGCUGGGGACUCGCAUUGCUGGGAUCCAUGCACAAUAGCAGCGAUCUCAAUCCUAAUGCCACAUAUCACUGGCCUGAUACAACCUACAGAUAUGGCUGGCAUUAAGAAUAGCAUCAAGUCAUCCGGCUGGCCGGCUGGAUAG